GUAAUUUCCGUCGAGGGUUUACAGUUUCCUAUCCCCCCGCGCGCUCCCUCUUUUCCCGCCGCCACCAUCUGUUUCGCGCGCCGCAUCGUCGGCGACCUCGCCGCCGGUGAAGUCGCACACGACAAAUCAGGCCUUUUCCCACUAGGAUCCCCUCUCGUCGAGAGGCGUCGCCCUCCUCCUCUCCGUCUCGGCUUCUGCUUUCCGCACGCGUCGCCCAUCCACCGUGAGAGAUCGCCGGGGCGAGGCGAGGCUAGCCAUGGCGGCGCCCUUCGUCAACCGCAGCUCCUCCAUCGACGGUAACAGGUCUCCGGUGAGCGGCAGUGAUGCAACGCAGAGCGAGGGCGAUGACAGCACGCUGUACGGCGAGACACAGCCGCUGGACGAGGCUGAGACCCAGUUAGUAGAAGGGGUGGAUGAGGAAGAGGGUGUGGCUGCCGAUUGGGUGGAGACACAGUUGGUGGAGAGUGGUGAUGAGGAUGGAGGUGAUGAUGGUGAGCAAUUGAAGACGCGGUUGGAGGUGGAGCGUGAGGAAGAGGAUGAUGCUGGUGGCACGAAGGAUAAUGCCGGUGACUGGACUACAACCCAAUUGGUUGAAGAAUGUGUGGUGGAGGGAGCUAAUGGUGGUGUUGAUGACAUGUUGGAGACCCAAUUGGUUGAGGAAUCUGAGGAGGUGAGAAUAAAUGGAGGUAAUGAAGAGGGUUUCGGCGAGUGGGCGAAGACCCAGUUGGUUGAAGACUCUGAUGAAGAGAUAGAUUUCGGUGAGUGGGCAAAGACCCAGUUGGUUGAAGACUCUGAUGAAGAGAUAGGUGACAAUGAGUUGAGUGAGGGUACUCUAGUGUUAAGUGACAAUGAGGGCCUGUCAGACGAUGAGAGGGAUGCGAAGUCGGGAAUGGAGGGAAGUAUUGAGGGGGUGAAUGGCAGGGUUGAGAAGCAUGUUGAUAACAAGAAUUUGGUAGAUUCUGAUGCUUCAACAGAUGAAGAGGGUAACACAGGACACCUUCAGAUGAAAUUGACUUCUGUUCGUGUGGCAUCAGUACAAACAUGUGGACUUGCUGAAACUCGUAACACAAUUACUGUGAACAGUGUGCAUCAAGGGAAACAGGAGGCCUCGACCUAUGGAAAACAUCUCCUGCCGAAAAUUGCAGCCAACUCUACUUCCUGCAGCACCUCCUUCAGUGACCCCCCAGAUUGUGGGAUUGAUAAUGACUCCAAUGGUUAUGUACAGAACCAUGAUAAAGAUGGAAUUAGAAGCAGAGAUAGGUGCUCAACAGCAAAAAGGCUUUUUGCUGACAUGACAGGUGAGGAGGGUGAAAGCAACAGCAGAGGUUUUGCUGGAUUAAGCUAUAUUGGAUCACAGGAGCCUGGUGAUAAGUCACAAGAAAACGCUUUUGAACUGGUGGAUAGGUUGAUCUCAAUCAAUGGCAGAUUAUUAUCUCAAGAAGCAACACCAAAUAAAUUGGAAAUAGCAAAGCCACCUGUUUCAAAUAAGAGAGGGACUUUGAUAUUGGCUGAGAAGGUUGAACGAAGUAGAAGUUCCAUUGGGAAGGCAGAAAUAUUUGAAUGGCUGGAUAGCCGUGAAGAUGAUGGAGGAGGCGAUUUUUUCCGUAAAAACAAAGAUAUCUUGUUGAAGAAAUCGGCUGGUAGAGGAAAACCAAAGAGACAUUCUCUCGAGGCAAAAAAGUGUUCCACGAAAAUUGCAUCCGGAGUAAACAAAAUAGGAGAAUCUAAGAACAAAACAAAUUUCAAACUAUGUGGCGGGUUUGAAACUCUUCCUUUGUCAGAUUCAAGACUACUCAAAAGUGAUGUGAAGAGUAAGCGGGUUUCUGGAAACAGGACUAAGAAAAACCUUUUGAAGGACUUAGUUGAUCUAUCAAAUGCCAAAUCUUUGGAAGGACAACAGGAAAAGGCUGAUGUAGCUUUGCAUGAUGUUGGUCCAGACACUCAAAUAGCUGUUGAAGCUAUGGAAGUACUGGCACAAUGUUCACCUGCUAAAACUUUAUCAGCUAAAGGUCAACCUCUGUUGGAUAGAGAUAUGAUAGAUGAUGAAUCUACAAUAAUUAAAUGUAAUUCAAAGAGUGGUCCUCCUCAAAAGAGAACUAGCAGCAUCCAGGAAGGUGUCAUGACACGUUCUAAAAGAAGAAAAGUAAUUGAGUUGAACACCAAGCCUAAGAAAGAAAGACAUGGAGGAUUGAAGAUGCCAGAAAAUUCAGAACUUAUAGGGAAAAUAAAACGUAAGCAGACAAAGUGUGUACCAGAAAAGAGUAAAGUUUCAAAGAUGUUUCUUGAUGAAAAUAAGUACCAUGGCACACCUGUUGCACACCGCACUAGACACUGUAGUAGGAAUAGCGUUUGUGAAUAUACUGAUUUAUGUUCUAAUAAGCACCUGAGAGUUGGCAAGAAACUGACAGGUGACAGCCCCAUUAUUGGAGAAGUGCAAAAUAAUCAUAUUACAAAUGGCCCUGAGAAACCGAUGAUUAGUGAGAGAAAAACCAUAUCUGGUUUGAGUUAUUUUGAAAAAGAAAACACAGAGCAUACCUUCGCAAAUAAUUGUCAGGAUCUUGAGCAAUCUAGGGAUGGAAGCACACAACAUACCAGUGUAAAUAAUGUUCAGAACUUUGAACCACGCAGAGGUGAACCAACAAAUGAUGUUGCAUGCAGAGAUCCCCCGUCACACCCUAAACAGAGAAGAACACCCACAAGAAUGGUGCAGUCAAAUGCUACAGCAGUUACCCAAACUGCCGCAAAUCAUGAUGGGCCAAGACCACACAAGAAAAGGCGGGUUUUCGUCAGGAGCGUUUCUGAUCAGCUAAAGUAUGCAAAGAAAGAACCUUCCAAUGGAAGAUCAACUUCUUUGCUGUCCAAUAUUAUAGGAAAGUCAUUGGCUGCUUCUCCUAUACUUUAUCCUGUAAGAGUUGACAGCAGAACUUCUGAUUUCAGUAGCUCUGGACAGCGACUGAAGGAAUCCUCCCAUGUUGAGGAUACAAUCCAAUCACCAAAAAGCAACACUCAAAUUCAGAGUAGUUCCCUGAAUACACCUUCAAAAGUGGUUAAUGAAUUGUCACCUACUUUCAGUCCUGUGAAUCCAUCAAAAGCCUCAAAUAGAAGCUUGUCAAAACCUUCUGUUGUAAAAGAACUACUGAAACUAGAUCUUGAAAAUGUGCUAUCAAACCAACAACAAAAAGAUUCUAGAAGAAGGAAAGAUAUGUCCAGUUUCAGUAUUUUGUUCAGCCAUCAUUUGGAUGAGGAUGUGAUCAAGUGUCAGAAGAAGAUCUUGGCACGCUUGGGACUUCGUGAAGCAUUUUCCAUUUCAGAUGCAACACACUUUGUCGCAAAUAGUUUUUUCCGCACAAGGAAUAUGCUAGAAGCAUUAACUCUUGGCAAGCCAGUAGUUACAUCAAUGUGGCUUGAAAAUUGUGGACAAGCAGGCUGUUUUAUUGAUGAGAGGAAGUAUAUUCUGAGGGAUGCCAAAAAGGAAAAGGAGUUAGGUUUCAGCAUGCCUAUAUCACUAGCCUCAGCUUGCAAGCAUCCUCUUCUUCUGGGAAAAAGAGUCUUUGUAACAUUGAAUGUGAAGCCGAGUCAAGAAGUGGUGACUAGCUUGGUGAAAGCAUCAUCUGGGCAGGUUCCAUUAGAGAGGCUAGGAAGAUCCAUAACGAAUGAAAAUGAAGUACCUGAUGACCUACUGGUUAUCUCAUGUGAAGAAGACUACCAAACUUGCGCAUCGCUGCUUGAGAGAGGUGCCAGCGUUUUCAGCUCGGAGCUUGUACUAAAUGGUAUAAUUAUUCAGAAGCUGGAGUACGAGAGGCACCGCCUUUUCGCCGACCGUGUCAAACAAACCCGCUCGACGAGGUGGUUGAAAGACACAGUCCAUGGCCGGUUUGUACCUGUAUCCAAGUGUCCAUAGCCAAGGAACAGGACAGUGCAGAUGUUUUCUGUAGCUAAAUUAUGCUCCUGCUUCCCAACCUCUCUCCAGCUCAAGACCAGCCAAGGAACAGGACAGUGCAGAUGUUUUCUGUAGCUAAAUAUGCAGUGUAAACUAUGAUCAUGCUUCCCUUUGCAUCGCCAACACAUCUGCCUUGUGCCAUCAGUUGUAAUGUCUGUCAUUCGCAGAAUGACCACAGAAUGAGAAGUUGUUUAACUGUA